AUGGCCGUUGGAAACAUAGAACGUGUGCUAAUCGAGCUUCGACCACGGUUACAAAGUGCCAAUUUUUUCAUCUGCUUCAGCCGCCGCUUUGCGGAAAUAAAAUCAACCAAAAUUGACCUCGGUUCCGAUCGGAUCACCAUAAGCACGGAAAACAACGACGAAUGUUAUGAAAUCAGAUUGGGGGACUACUUCAAGUUACACACUCAAACGUUGAGCUCGUUGAUGAUCAAGAAUAGCUAUAUUUGUUUCCGGAUUAACACCAACGAGAAUAAAUUCCACUCGGAGGUUCUGGAAAUCAACGAGUAUAAUGCAUGCACUGAUCUAAAGCUAGAAUGUGGUCUGCAAACGAACACCAGCUAUAAGAUAAUCUGUAGUAACUGCGGCAGUCCUCUGCGAGAUGAUCCAGUUAGUUUUAAACGUAUACUCGAGCUUCCUUCGGACCACAUGGACAGUAAUGAUUGGUACUGCCAUCAGCAUUCACAUGGUUGUGAAGGUGCCACUCAGUCCAAUGGAGAAUCUUCUACGAAAACCCCCAACGUGAACAAAUUAACACCAGCGGAAACGGACAUAUUUUUUGGUCCGUUCUAUGCAAUACUUGACAAAAUACACUUUCAGCGGGUUCACCUCAAAGCUGAACGAUUUCUGUACUGCAAACGCUGUCUGCAAUAUUUGGGAACGAUGAAACGAAACGGUUCCGCUAAGUUGUGGUAUGAAAAUCUCCGUUUUCAGCUACAGGAUGAUGUUCCGGGUGAAACAACACCAACGCGACUGAGUCUGUUCCGCAACGAUCAAUUGUUAGCAAACUUCGAAUAUCUAGUCCGCAAAACUGUCAAUGAUUUCAACUUUACUUCUCAUUUGGGUUUACCGCCGAUCUUUAAAAUUAUCUUUGAGAUGCGUCGACCGGGAUUGGACGGCGAAGUCUUCUAUCUACUGGUGCAAAUUAUGGAUGCCAACUUGAACGUAUUCAAAAUUCGUAAAACCCUAGAUACAGAUUCGUCUGCGUCCGAUGAGCAGGUUGAAGACGAUCAUGAAAAGCAGGAGCAAAGUGAUGAUGACUGCGAUGAUGAAGAUGUGUACGUAACCACAAAGAAAACAUAUCGAAAUAUCCGCCUCGAUAGACACAGAACCAUGAAGCUAAUGUACAGGUACGAAAAAUUUGACCAACAACCGAUCGUCAAUUUUUGGCUGCAAGAUAAUAACGCGGUUAGUGUAGAAAUUUCCGAACAAAUGUUUCGAGCGGCCAUUCGUUACCUAGACGGUAACUCGGCUUUCGUGCCCGAAUGCUACAGAAACAAUCUUGGAUUCAUCUUAAGUUAUUUGGAUAUUACAUAAGGACUACAAAUAUGAAAUUACAAAUAUUGCUUUGUAUUAGUACAGUUUUGUUUGCCGUAAA